CCCGAAUCCCGACGAGGACAACCCGUCAUCCUCCUCCUCCUCCUCCUCCUCCUCCCUUCGCUCAGCUUCCUCCACUGAUUCUUCAGAGAGACAGAGUGAGAGAGAGAGAUUCUUGAUCUUGAUCUUAUUUGAGUUGGGUUGGAUUGGAUUGGAUCGAUUUGAUCUCGCAGUAGGUUUUUUGGGGCGGGAGAGAUGGGGGACGCGACGGCGGGGGGCAAGUACCAGAAGAGCUACUUCGACGUGCUGGGGAUUUGCUGCCCGUCGGAGGUGCCGCUCGUCGAGAAGCUGCUGCAGCCGCUGGAGGGGGUCCAGAAGGUCACCGUGAUCGUGCCGUCGAGGACCGUCAUCGUCGUCCACGACGCCGCCGCCGUCUCCCAAGCCCAAAUCGUCAAGGCACUGAACCAGGCGCGGCUGGAGGCGUCGGUGCGGGCUUACGGGACUGGCUCGGAGAAGAUCACCAACAAAUGGCCAAGCCCGUAUGUUCUUCUCUGUGGAGUUCUUCUGGUUGUGUCGCUGUUCGAGCAUUUCUGGCACCCGCUCAAGUGGUUUGCGCUGGGAGCGGCGGCCGCCGGCUUGCCGCCGAUCUUGCUGAGGAGCUUUGCUGCUAUCCGGAGGCUCACCCUGGAUGUCAACAUACUCAUGCUGAUUGCUGUUGCUGGAGCAAUAGCUCUCAAGGACUAUUCUGAGGCUGGCUUCAUUGUCUUCCUCUUCACUACAGCUGAAUGGCUUGAGACCAGAGCAAGCCACAAGGCCACUGCUGGGAUGUCGGCUCUAAUGAGCAUGACACCACAAAAGGCUGUUCUGGCAGAGACUGGGGAGGUGGUUGCGGCCCGGGAUGUGAAGGUCAAUACAAUAAUAGCUGUCAAGGCAGGGGAAGUCAUUCCCAUCGAUGGUGUUGUUGUUGAUGGGCGUAGUGAGGUCGACGAGAGCACCCUCACGGGCGAGUCCUUCCCAGUGUCCAAGCAGCCAGACUCCGAGGUCUGGGCUGGCACACUGAACAUUGAUGGUUACAUUGCUGUGAGGACGACUGCUAUGGCUGACAACUCUGCAGUGGCCAAAAUGGCAAGGCUGGUUGAAGAAGCACAAAACAGUAGAUCCAAUACACAGAGGGUGAUCGACACUUGUGCUAAGUACUACACACCUGCGGUCGUUGUCAUGUCAGGAUCAGUAGCAGCAAUCCCUGCAAUAGUGAAAGUACAUAACCUCAAACACUGGUUCCAGUUGGCUCUAGUUCUUCUUGUGAGCGCUUGUCCAUGUGCAUUGGUACUGUCCACACCCAUUGCCACCUUCUGUGCGCUACUGAGGGCCGCAAGAACAGGGCUACUCAUCAAAGGAGGGGAUGUCCUGGAAUCCUUGGCUAGCAUCAAAGUUGCUGCUUUUGACAAAACUGGUACUAUUACAAGAGGAGAGUUCAGUGUUGAGGAGUUCCAGGUAGUUGGUGAACAUGUUACAAUGCAACAACUUCUUUACUGGGUCUCGAGCAUUGAGAGUAGAUCAAGUCACCCCAUGGCAGCUGUCCUGGUUGAUUAUUCUCAAUCAAAAUCCGUGGAACCAAAGUCAGACAAUGUUACUGAAUUCCAAAUUUAUCCUGGUGAGGGGAUAUAUGGUGAAAUCGAUGGGUCAGGCGUAUAUAUUGGGAACAAAAGAAUUUUGUCAAGAGCUUCCUGCGAAACAGUUCCGGACAUGAAAGAUAUGAAAGGAGUUACCGUUGGAUAUGUGGUCUGUAACAAUGAGUUGAUUGGGGUAUUCACUCUCUCCGAUUCCUGCCGGACUGGAUCUGCUGAAGCCAUCAAGGAGCUAAGAUCACUGGGCAUUAAGUCAGUGAUGCUUACAGGUGAUAGCACUGCCGCUGCCACAUAUGCACAGAACCAGCUGGGAAAUAUCCUUUCUGAGGUUCAUGCUGAACUUCUUCCUGAAGACAAAGUGAGACUUGUUGGUGAACUCAAGGAAAAAGAUGGCCCUACACUGAUGAUUGGUGAUGGCAUGAAUGAUGCCCCAGCAUUGGCUAAAGCUGAUGUUGGAGUCUCUAUGGGUGUAUCUGGUUCAGCUGUUGCAAUGGAGACAAGCCACAUUACUCUGAUGUCAAAUGACAUCCGCAGGAUUCCAAAGGCUGUCCGGCUGGCAAGGAGGACACACCGGACAAUCAUCGUGAACAUCGUAUUCUCGGUGAUUACGAAGCUUGCAAUUGUUGGACUUGCAUUUGCCGGACAUCCUCUUAUCUGGGCAGCUGUCCUUGCCGAUGUUGGCACAUGCUUGCUGGUGAUCAUGUACAGCAUGCUGUUGCUGAGAGAGAAAGACAGUGGAAAGGCAAAGAAGGGCUGUGCUUCUCAUCAUGCAUCUGCAAAGAAGUGCUGUUCUUCUUCUCAUCAUGGAUCUCACGCAAAGAAAAAUCACGGUACUUCCCACCACUGCUCAGAUGGUCCGUGCAAAUCAGCAGUCAGCUGCAAAGAUUCGUCUGCUGCUAAGCAUGCUUGCCAUGAUCACCACCAUGAGCACAACCAUUCUGAAGCGCCAGUCCACAAGCAUUCUUCAAAGCAGCAUGAUUGCCAUGACCAUGACCAUGACCAUGGACAUGGCCAUGACCACUCCACAGAGACGAGCAAUGUGCAUGGCACCAAGAAACACGAUUGCCAUGGCCAUGAGCAUAGCCAUGCUCUGCCUCCCACCAGUGAUCAUGCUUGCCAUGGCCAUGAACAUAGCCACCAUGAAGAACACGGUGUUUUGCACUCUACUGGCGAGCAUGCUUGCCACGAGCAUGAGCAUGUCCAUUGUGAUGAGCCAAUCGGCUCUCACUCUGCUGGUGAGCAUGGUUGCCACGACCAUGAGGUUCAUGAGCAUCAUUGCUGCGAUGAACAGCAAACUCAGCACACUGAAGAUAUGCACCCCUGCCAUGACCAUAAGCAUGACAACGUGAUCGAGGAAGUGAAGGACUGUCAUGCUGAACUGCCCCACCACCACAGCCAUUGCUGCCAUGAACCCCAUGACCAGGCCAAGAAUGCUGCCGAUUCAGUCCAAGAGCAUAAGAUAUCAAUCAUUGAACCAUCCGACCAUCAUGAGCAUCAUCAGCAUGAGCAUCAGCACAGCAAAGAUCACAAAGAGGCCGGCGAUUGUGGACAUCAUCAGAAGGCGAAAGACUGCGUUCCACACCCAACUGACUGCAGCAUCAAGGGGUGCGGGAGCAAAGGUAAAGACACUGCUUGCUCAAGCUUGCAGAAGGAUCAUGCCAGACAGGCCAGCCAGUGCUGCAGGAGCUACGUGAAGUGCAACCGGCCCAGGAGAUGCUGCAGCCACAACAUUGUGAAGCUGCCUGAGAUCGUAGUGGAGUAAUAAAUAGGAUUGAGCUAUAUGCACAGGUAUCAGCAACGAUGGUAACCUCAUCGGCAUAAGGUAGAAAAUCCGAUGCUAUGCGUUUUGCUGUUGCUUAAGAAAUGCAGUAGAAGUAUGGAUUUUGACGGAGCAGGUGUUUGAAUCAGUAAUCGUAAUCUGUUUUCUGUUUCUUUUUUUUUCUGUUUUGCCGGCUGAUUGUGCAUCUCAUGUAAGAUUAUGAGAAGGUGCAGGUAAUCUGCCAUUUCUGGGAGUCAUAGUUGGUUCUUGGACUAGUCUGCCUCUGAACUAAAAGAUGUGCAGCUAAUGCAUACCAAUUCCAAAUUAGGGUUUAAAAGAGAUUAUGUGCUUGUAUAUUACCCGUGUUUUGAAUCAAUAGGGAUUAAAUUUUCCCACUUUGUUUCU